AUGGCAGAUACAGAUUAUCUAACCAAAGAUGCAUUGUUUGCGCAGAUCCCACAGGAUUCAGACGCUACAAUUGAACACUUUUAUGACCCCGAAUAUACGACGUCGGCGUCCAACCAGCAACUUAUCGAUUGCACCUACGAUGUGCUCAAGAAUGACCAACUAACAGUGGAGGAAACAUUAAAGGUCUGGGAACUCCGACUCACGCUCACGCUCUUCAACGAUCAGCUCCACUUAGCCAAGCGGGAAGCUAUUGCCUUGAACAAUGCACUCUACAUGCGGGAAAAUCCAAAUGCUCAACCUCCUCCACCAUCACGAAUCCACUCCAACUCGUCACUCAGUGAUACUUCCUCGCAGACAAGGGCUCCUCCGCUGACGUUUGUCUUCCCAUUGCCAAAGAACAACAAUGGCUUAAUUGGAUACCGCUUGCUCCUCAUGAUCUUGAGGUUGAAGUCGGUGCCUAACUUAAUCUUAGUCAAUGAACUCUACAAGAUGUGCUACCAGAUGAGAUUGAAGGGCGCUAGCUCCGAGGCCGUAAAAGUCCAAGCCAAGUUGACCAAUCUUAGUUACGAGGUGAUCAUGGUAUUGACCAUCACGAGAAACUAUUUCACGCUUCUUUCCUUUCUCGCCUCGCUCAGACAUGAUAUCGGGAUCAAGUCCGAAUUUGAAGACAGAGCUUCCCACGAUAAGAUGUUCUAUUCCAACGUGUGUCUCUUACAGGUACUUACUACGUUGAUGGUAUGGAGUAAAGAGAAGUCCAAGGAGGAGUUCGACCAAUUGCCCCAAGAUGUCGUUGACACCUUUACAUUGGUGGAAGAUACCUCGCUUGUGCUGUUGAAACAUGUCCUACUGUGUGUUCCACCAGUGGUGGGAGGUGCCGACCUACAUGACAAUCUAGAAACCGGUGCAAUGCCAACGCUAGCAGAGAUUGCCGAUUUGGUGUGGAACAAGAAGAUCCUGGCCCGUACGAUAUGCUGCACACUAGCGACCUGGGAGCUCUCCAAUGUAUUUCGAACCGAGUUGGUGGAAGAGGAGGGUCAAUUGCGGUUGGUGGUUGAGGUUGUUCCACUGCUGGAUUCCAAGCUCGAACAAGUCUACGCUGUCAUCAUGCCCCGCUGGGGGAAAUACAUCAAUAAGGUGUAUGGAAUCGAGUAG